AUGCCGUUUGUCAACAAGAACAACCAACUCACCAACGCCCCAUCAGCCCCAACCCAGCCGUCAACAACAUCAGCAUCCACUUCCAUUGGAGCCUCGAAGUCAUCUAGCAGUAUCCCCCCUGCCAAUGACAUUCAGAAUCGUCCUGUGGCUCCCAACCGCCCUGCAAACUCGAAUAAUAUAAUCGUUAACAAAUGCCAACGAGGAAAUCCAGUGUUGACUUUAAUCAAAUCGGUCCCUUGGGAGUUCGGAGAAACUAUCUCAGAUUAUCAACUCAAUCAAACCACCGGCUCGUUAUUCUUAUCCUUAAAAUAUCACAGGCUACAUCCGGAUUACUUGGACACCCGAUUGAAGAAGUUGAUCAAAGCCUAUGAUCUUAAGAUCUUACUAUGUCUUUGUGAUUCUAAUGAUCAUGAAGUUGUUUUGAAAGAUAUAACUAAAACAUGUAUGGUUAAUGAGUUUACUUUAAUAGUUGCAUGGUCCAAUGCAGAGAUUGCAAGAUACAUUCAGCUAUUUAAAUCGUUUGAGAAGAGAUCACCUGAUCUGAUCAAAGAGAAGAUCGACAACGAUUAUAUGUCUCAAUUGACGAGCGUAUUGACGACCAUCAGAGGGUUGAACAAGACCGAUGUUAUGACUCUGGCCACGAACUUUCGGUCGUUUCGUCAAAUUGUUGAGGCCUCGCCGAGUGAACUUUCGCUAUGCCCUGGCUUGGGUGAGAAGAAAGUGAAAAGGUUAUUGGAGGCAUUUAACUCGGAUUUUAGGAAUUUCCCCAAGAGCAACGAGUCGGCCAACAACUAA